AGGCAACAUUGCGUUUUGUUUCGAAUUCGUAUGUUUUCGUUCACCAAUUCCUGCCUCCGAAGAUCUGCGACGACCACUGCACCAAGAAGGUGUUUUGGUUUUGCGAUAUCCACAAUUUUUUUCAUACGUCGUUUUAAUAACGUGAGUGCCCCUUACAGGCAAUGCAUAUAGGAAAAAAAGCACAACGUUCCUGCUAGUAUAAUACGCGGAAAUGUGAAAUUGGAAUACUCCGUCCGUUUAAACUAAAGCCACCGGUAAAAUGGUGCUUGUUUACCUCUUGGUUUUGGGCUUCUGCAUAACACUGCAAGCAGUUCAAGCAGACAAUGAUGGGUCCCUAUUUGGAACAGAAACAUGCGCCAGCAAUCAGUUCCGAUGCAGCUACGGCCUGUGCAUCCCCAUAGCUUGGCAUUGUGAUUCCAACAGAGAUUGUGAAGAUGGAAGCGAUGAACCGCCAGAAUGUCAGCAGAAUCAAAAGUGCCGCGAAGAGCAGUUCCAGUGCACGCUUACCAAGAAGUGCGUGCCAUCCAGAUGGAUGUGCGAUGAAGAGCACGACUGUGGCACCCAUCCCGAGCUGGGCCCCGACACUUCCGACGAAGAUCCGAAGUUGUGUCCCAAAGGGCUGAAGUGCAAAUGGAACGAAGCGGCGUGUGGUGAAGGGCUGAUGUGUCUUACUAUUGCCAAGUUCUGUGACGGCCAUGGAGACUGUCCGGGAAACAGCGAUGAAUGGGACUUUUGUCAGAAUUAUACUGCAGAUUGCACUAGGUUACAGUGUAUAUACGGAUGCAAACCAACACCAAAAGGAGCUCAAUGUUACUGCCCAGAAGGGAAUAAAUCAGAUGGAAACAAGUGUGUUGAUGCAGACGAAUGUGAGCUAGAUGAAACUUGCGCGCAACUUUGUACAAAUACGAUAGGUUCUUACAAGUGCUCCUGCGUUUCCGGUUAUCAAGCCAAUGGAACACAAUGUAAUGCAAUAAAUGUUCCGGCAUCAGAACCCCCAUCACUGAUAUUCUCCACGCAGUCCGAGAUCAAGCGGGUAACCUUAGACGGAAAGCCGUUUCCCGGCAAUUCGACACUGCGUCUGUUGAACAGCAAUGCCCUGGAGUUUAUCCAUCGCAACCACACUAUCUGCUAUAUUCAUCACAAUGUUACAAAAGCCUCGAUGAUGUGCGCUAACAUCAACGAUCUGAACCAAAGAUGGCAGCUGCAAGCCAAGUCCGCCGUUCUAGUAGUCGAUUCUAUUCAACAGAUCGCGCUAGAUUGGAUUUCGGAGAACUGGUAUUUCCUAGACGAUCAAAGAGACGUAAUCUUGGUCUGCACGCAUAACUUGGAAUGGUGUAACAUGCUGAUAGACACAGAUCUAUGGAAACCCAGAGCAUUAGCCUUGGACCCCACGAAUGGAUAUAUGUUCUUCACGAAAUGGGGCCAUUCGUCCCCCAUGUUAGAAAGGUGCAAGUUAGAUGGUUCUGACCGGACGCCAUUAGUGUCACAUACCAUCAUAUACCCAUACGGUGUUGCUGUGGACUAUCCAAAGAAGCAAGUAUACUGGGUGGAUACCUACCUUGAUUACAUAGAGAAGAUUGACUAUGAUGGUAAAAACAGAAAAACGGUUUUAAGGGGGUUCAAAGUACGAAAUUUGUACGGGAUAACAGUGUUUGAGAAUAAUAUUUUUGUGUCCUCAUGGAGGAAUAAUAGUAUUCUGCAGUUGGAUAAGUAUGAGCAUGACGAAAGGACGAUUGUGUCAAACAUCAGCAGGCCAUACAAUGUGUACGUCUUCCACAGGCAACGUCAACCUGAUGCUGCUCACCCUUGCAAGAAUGCAAAAAUCUGUGAUCAUCUAUGCAUCCCUAUGUGGAACGGUAACAGGGCCAUACCAAAAUGCGCCUGCGCCUCUGGUUAUGUCUUGGAUGCUAACAAUAAAUGCGUUGUUAAAACGCCUUCGAAGUUUCUUCUCAUAUCAAGAAGCGAUCCGUUCUCUAUCAGAGGCAUAGAUUUAGAGACAAGCAACGAGACAAUGGUGCCCAUUACCAAAAUGAGCCAACCUAGGGGUCUGGACUUCGACGCAAAGACUGGUUCCAUAUUUUACGCGGAUGCCUAUAGUAUGACCAUAGAGAUGGUGCCUAUUUUGAAUACGUCAAAUCAUACGGUCUUGGUGAACAACGUGGCUUGUGACGGGUUGGCGUUUGAUUGGAUAUCAAGGAAUCUCUAUUGGACAAGUUUGGAAAAGGGCAGCAUCAAGGUGGUAAAACUCGCCAAUACUUCAUUGGUGAAAACACUAAUUUGGAAUACGACUUACAACCCAGGCUCAAUAGCUGUUGACCCGAUAAGUGGUUAUAUGUAUUGGGCACAUUGGUCUAGUACAACCCCUGAGAAUGGAAGAAUAGAUAUGGCGCAGAUGGACGGCAAAAAUAGGAAAGUAUUUUUGGACCAUAACAUCCACUGGCCGAGCGGCUUGGCGAUUGACCAAGAAGCAAAGCGAUUAUACUGGACAGAUAAGCACCUGAAAAACAUUCAAAGUAUUGAUUUUGAUGGCACAAAUCGGAGAGUGGAAACUGUCAUGGCAUUGGAAUCUCCAGCGGGUCUGGCAGUCGGUGUGGGGUCACAUAAGCUUAUUUAUUUCAUCGAAAUGUCCAAAGGAGCUAUUAUGGCCUACAGUAAUUCUACAGGAUUGAAGAAAGUGUAUGAUAGCAGCAAUUUGCACAUUUACGACGUUAAGUUGUAUGAUGCAGGGUCUCAGAAAGGUGAAAAUGGUUGUAGUCAUUCCACAUGCUCAGAAAUAUGUCUUCCGACACCGUCCCAACAAUUUACGUGCUCAUGUUCCGAUGGUUAUCAACUGAAAGAUGACGUCUGUGUUAAACAGGAGGACUUCACAGCGCCCUCUUUCUGUCCACCUGACAAUUUCCAGUGUCUGCACAAAAAACAUUGCGUCCCACACACCUACCUUUGCGAUGGCAUCGACAAUUGCGGGGAUCUGUCAGACGAAUCGGCUGAACCGGGGGGACCUUGCGAGAAUGUUUCUUGUACCGAAAACCAGGUAAAAUGCGACACGACCUGCAUUUUCAAGCACUGGGUGUGCGAUGGAGACAAAGAUUGCUACGAUGGGAGCGACGAGGAUCCUGAAGUGUGCAACCAGCUGUGUCCAUCGGAUCAGUUCAAGUGCAAAAACACUCGUCGGUGUAUACCCAUGGUGUGGAGAUGUGAUAAUGUAAAGGAUUGUGGGCCGGAUGAUGAUAGCGACGAGACGGAUUGUCAAGCAGCGGUGUGCGACGUUAACGAAUUUCGAUGUCGAAACGGCCAGUGCGUACCGUCCGACUUUUACUGCGACCUGAUACCAGACUGCGAUGACAGUUCCGACGAGGCGGACUGCGUGAACUGCGACCCUAGCUCACAUAUACCCUGUCAGCCACUGGAGGAAUGUCUGCCGCGCUCAGUGCUGUGCGACGGGAAUAAUGAUUGUCCAGAUGGAAGUGAUGAACGGGAUUGUGGACAUAAGGUCGAUUGCGAGCCGGACGAAUUCGCCUGCGCCAACUUCGAAUGCAUCCGCAAACGGUUCGUUUGCGAUGCUGACCUGGACUGCGUAGACGGCUCGGACGAGAUCAACUGCGACCCGAUGAAAAUAAAGAACGCAACCGAUGCGAAGACCGUCAUGCGAUGCGAUCUGCCCAGCAGGUUCUGCGACAACAACACCAGGUGCAUUUCGCCGAAGCAGCUGUGCGAUAAUCGUCAGGAUUGCGCGGAUGGCAGCGACGAAAGUGGGAUCAAGUGUACGGACUCGGUGGCGAAUGCGACGGAGUCUAAGAGUGUCGUUGCUGGGUCAUGUGAAUAUCCUAGCAGGCUAUGUGAUAACGGAACCAAAUGCAUCACAAUAGACAAAUUAUGCAACGAUUACAACGACUGCGCAGAUGGCAGUGACGAGGGGUCCAGGUGUCCAGAUAGAUUGUGCGAUCACAGUUUUAUCUGUUCGCAUGACUGUCAUAAUGCUCCCGAAGGACUUAUCUGCACAUGUCCAGCUCACCUCCAUCUCCAAGCAGAUAGAACGCAUUGCCUAGAGACUCAUCCGUGUGAAGCUUGGGGAGUUUGUUCACAGAAUUGCGUACCUAGAGGCUCUAGGUAUAAAUGUACCUGCCAAGAAGGAUAUGUGCUCCAAGAAGACGGUUUCACCUGCAAAAGUGUAGAUAGCGGAAGGCCCUAUCUAAUUUUCAGUAGCAGGCAUGAAAUAAAGGCUGUUGACCUGCAUACUUUCGGAUUGAAAUCUUUCAUAUCCGAUUUGAAGAAUACCAUUACUUUGGAUUUUUAUCAUACAAAUGAAACUGAUAUCGUAUUUUGGACGGACGUAUCAGACGAUAAAAUUUAUAGAGGAACUACCGCGGGCGGUACGUUAGGCAACAUCGAAGCUGUAGUACAAACUGGUUUGUCUACAGCUGAAGGAGUAGCCGUUGAUUGGAUUGGUAAAAAUCUAUACUGGGUAGAAAGUAACCUGGAUCAAAUUGAAGUCUCGAAAUUGAACGGCAGUUUCAGAAGAACUUUAGUUGCUGGUGACAUGGAGAGUCCUAGGGCCAUCGCAGUAGAUCCCAGAGAUGGCUACCUAUUUUGGACCGAUUGGGAUAGCGAACUCCCACGUCUUGAAAGAUGUUCUUUAGCAGGUCUUGAUAGACAGAUCUUAGUGAGAUUAGGCAAUAACCGCUGGCCGAAUGGUCUUACUCUCGACUAUACCAUUAGAAGAAUAUACUGGAUAGACGCCAGAACUGACUCGAUUCAUACUUCAAACUAUAACGGGGAGGACAUUCGUGAGGUGAUGCGCAACCACGAGAUGCUCUCACAUCCCUUCGCUAUCACCCUCUUCGAAAACUACGUGUACUGGACCGACUGGAGGACCAAUAGCGUUGUACGAGCGAAUAAAUGGACAGGGGGUGACGUGAAAGUGAUCCACAGGACUCUGCAUCAACCCUUCGACAUCAAAGUGAUGCAUCCCAGCAGACAACCGGAUGGUGUGAAUCCGUGUGCGAAGAACAACGGCGGUUGUUCACAUCUUUGUCUGAUUCAUUUCAACCAAACGUACAGGUGUGACUGUCCGCAUGUUAUGAGGCUGGAUACUGAUAACAAAACCUGUCGGGUGAACGAAAAAGUGCUGCUUAUUUCAAGGAAUGGAGAAAUACGCGGAGUCGACAUUCAUCAACCAUUCUACCAUACCAUCCCUACAAUUUUGGUUGGCAGUCCCAUCCAGAUCGAAUACGUGGCGAAAAAUUUAACACUGUAUUGGGCAGAUGCUCAUAUCAAUGAAAUUAAACGAAGCGGUCUAACGAAAGGACCUACAGAGAUAAUUUUGGAUGCUGGUCUUCAGAAACCUUCCGGUCUAGCUGUAGACUGGAUAUCAAACUUGCUCUUCAUAUCUUCAGAAACUGGAAUUCUGGUAUGUAACCUGAACGGCGAGUUCACCUCAGUACUGUAUGAAAACCUGAACAUCCUAUCGAUUGCUGCCAAUCCUCCAGAAGGCCAGAUAUUUUGGAUAAAUGGUUUCAAUGAUAGUGCAAAUAUUGAGAUGAGCUUGAUGGACGGAAGUGGGAGAAAAACCAUCGUUGCUGGAUUGAAGCUCCAAUCCAAGGGCUUGUUCUUUGACUUGCAGUCAUCUAGGUUGUAUUGGAUAAGCGGAAAUGAAAUAUUUUAUGGGACACUUGAUGGUAAAGUAACCAGGAUUAGUUUACCCGAGCAAACAGCCAUAUCAGCGAUGACCGUUUAUAAUGGACAGUUGUAUUAUGCAGAUGAAGAACACAUUCACAUAGCCGACAAAUCUACGGGUGCGAAUGACACGAUCUUGAAAAAUAGAACAGGGGGAGGUGUGCUAGCGUUGAGGAUUUAUGACAGAUCUGAACAACAAGGCGACCACCCGUGCAGUUUAGGUAAAGGGGGAUGCCAGCAUUUGUGUCUUCCUCGCUCCAAAAGAAAUUUCACUUGCGCUUGCGCUAUAGGUUAUUACAAAGAUCCCAAUAACCCCUACAAAUGUAUCCCGAAAGGAGACUUUCUGUUAUAUUCAAUGUACUGGGAGAUCCAAGGUUUUCCUUUGGACAGAAACGAGUCUAACCGUGUCUUAGGUCCAAUUUCGAAAAUACCCAGCGCCACUGCAUUAGAUUUCAUCGCAGAUGAGGAUUUGAUAUUUUGGGCGGACAGCGAUCAUGGCACCAUCACCAGAAUAAAAAGAGAUGGUACUGAAAGAAAAUACAUUUUGGAGCAAGCCGAAAUUUUCGAUAACACCCUAGUAGACUGGUUAACUGGUUUUGCUGUAGAUUGGAUAGCUGGCAAUAUGUACUGGUGUGAUUCCAAGCGUGGUACUAUAUCGGUUUCUAGAAUAGAUGGAACCAAAGAGCAUGUGCUCUUGUCCUAUGAGAUUGGGAAACCUAAUGCAAUCGCUCUGGAUCCCGUAAAAGGUGUCAUGGUAUGGGCCGGUGGGCCAAAAGUGGAGAUGGCUACUACGGACGGUCAAAACAGGAAAAUUUUGCUGGAUAACCGAGGAUCAAUCACUGACGUGGCCUUGGACUUUGACAAUGAAUUCAUAUACUAUUGCGAUUCUAGCCACCAUUCUAUAGAGAGGAUCAAAUAUGAUGGAACGGAACAAACCCUUUUGUUGGAACACGCGCGACAUUUACAAAAACCCACAGCACUGACAGUGUUUGAGAAUAUGAUAUAUUGGAUGGACAGCUCUUUCCUCAGCGGAAGCCUUUUGGCAGCUCCCAUCUCAAACACCUCCAAUUUUGAAGUGCUCAAACAAGGGUUGGGCGAUUCACUAAAAGAUAUCCACGUAUUUUCUAAACGCAGGCAGAGCGGCACUAACGCAUGCGCCAAAAACAACGUAAACUGUGAACAACUUUGCCUGUUCAAUGGAACGCAUCCUGUCUGUAUCUGCUCCCACGGUAGAUUGGCUAGUAACGGAAAAACUUGCGAACCGUUUGAGAGUUUCGUGAUGUUUUCGAGAGUGGUUAGCAUAGAUUCUAUUCAGAUGAUGGGCGAUAAGAAUCUGCAAAGUUCGCCGCAUCCUAGUAUCAAGAAUAGCACUAUGUUGAAAAAUGCCAUCGGCCUAUCUUUCAGUUACAAGCACCAACGGCUGUUUUACUCCGAUAUUUCAAGAGGAUCUAUUAACACUGUAUAUUUCAAUGGAUCUGAGCAUAGAGUUGUUGUAGACAAACAAGGAUCGGUGGAAGGACUAGCUUAUGAGCUAAUUCAUAACGCCCUCUACUGGACAUGUAACAAUGACGCAACGAUAAGUAGAGUGAAUCUUACCGACCAGUUGACAAAUGCUAGUGCAGUGGAGACGAUUGUCAGGCUACGUUUGCAGGACAAACCACGUGGCAUCGCGAUUGACAGCUGUGGUAGCAGAGUCUACUGGACGAAUUGGAAUGCUCACUCGCCCAGCAUACAAAGGGCUUUUCUAACUGGAUACAGGGUGGAAGCCAUCAUAAAAACUGACAUUCGGAUGCCGAACGCGAUCACGCUCGACCAUAAAGCCCAAAAGCUGUACUGGGGAGAUGCCAGGCUGGACAAAAUCGAACGUUGCGAAUACGACGGAACAAAAAGAGUGGUUCUAGCCAAAGUAACCCCACAACAUCCAUUUGCGCUGGCAGUAUACGGAGACUUCAUCUAUUGGACUGACUGGAUGUUACAUGCAGUCAUCAGAGCAGAUAAGUUUACCGGACAGUACGUGGUACUGCUGAGACGCGACGUUGCGAGACCGAUGGGAAUUGUUACUGUGGCCAAUGAUACGGAAGAUUGUUUCACGAAUCCAUGUUUGAUUCAGAAUGGGUUCUGUGAAGAGAUAUGUGGGUUGUCGGCUGCUGGUGCCGUGGAAUGCUCGUGUGAAGAAGGUAGAGUAUUGUCGGAAGAAGGCAGAUGUCAUUCGAAGAUUGCCACAAAUUGUAGCAACAAUGGUGAUUCAUUCCGUUGCUCAGAUGGAGGUUGUGUUCCUUUCCAUCUCACAUGUGAUGGAAUUCCACAUUGUGCUGAUAAGUCUGAUGAAGAACCUGGAUACUGUGGGUACCGCUCGUGUCCUGUUGGUUGGUUCCCCUGUCAAAACAAAUUGUGCAUUCCGCUGAAUUUGACCUGCAACGGCAUUGACAACUGUGGUGAUGCUACCGAUGAACACAACUGCUCAUGCCCAGAGGGAACCCACUUCAAAUGUAAAAGCGGAGAAUGUCUGGAUAUAUCUUAUAGAUGUAACUACAGCCCGGAUUGCCAUGAUAAAUCUGACGAAAUUGGAUGUGAGAUGCCGAAUUGCACCCAGAAGCAAGGCGAAUUCUUCGUCAAUUGUAAGUAUACGACAAGCUGCAUCCACUGGCAGUGGAUAUGUGAUGGAGACGACGAUUGCUGGGACAAUUCUGAUGAGAUGAAUUGUACGCAUGUGCGCGACAUUUGUAGGAAGGACCAGUUCAGAUGCUCAGACGGCAGUUGCAUCAACGUAACAGCCCAGUGCGAUGGCGUUGAUGACUGCAAGGACAGCCACAUACACGGUAGCAUCAGUUCAGACGAAUUGCAUUGUCGGAUCAGUCACCAUUGCCGCUACAAUCAGUUUUUGUGCGAGAGCGAUCUCUCCUGCAUCCCCAUGUCUUGGCAUUGCAACGGUGUCCCCGAUUGUCCAGACCAAAGCGACGAAUUGAAUUGCAAGCAACAGUGUCGCACAGAUCAGUUCCAGUGCCAGAACAAAGAGUGUAUUCCAAAAUCCUGGCAGUGCGAUGGUAACCCAGAUUGCAUGGAUCAGUCCGACGAAACUGAACAUUGUCAGCAUACAGUGUGUGGAAAAUGGGAAUUCAGGUGCAACAGUACAGGACGUUGCAUACCUCUCAACUGGGUUUGUGAUGGCGAAGCCGAUUGUCAAGAUAAGGCGGAUGAGCAUGUGAGGCAAGGUUGCCUUUUUGACUCUUGCAAUGAUAACCAAUUUAGAUGCUCUGAUGGUCAAUGUAUAGGCCAGAUUUACUACUGUGAUGGCGACAGGGAUUGCGUGGACGGCUCCGACGAACCCUCCGACUGCUACAAAACCUGCACUCCCGCUGAAUUCCAAUGUAAAAACGGCAACUGCAUCCUUGACCUAUUCAAGUGCGACGGCAAAGACGACUGCGGCGACGGCAGCGAUGAGAAUCAGUGCAAGAAAGAGGCGGAUCAGUGCACGGGCAAAGGGAAGUUCGCAUGCGAGAAUGGAGUUUGCAUCAACGAGACGCUGCUGUGCAAUGGGGAGAACGAUUGCGGGGACUUUUCUGAUGAGAAAACAUGUCACUGGAACGUUACAGGCAUCGAUGAGUGCUCAGCCAUACCAUCCCCAUGCGCUCAAAUAUGCGUCGACAAGCCGGUCGGGUACGAAUGUAAGUGCAAGGAGGGAUACCAGAGGAACCCGAAGGAUCCACAUCAGUGCGACGAUGUGAACGAGUGCGCAGACAGGCCGUGUAGCCAGAUUUGUAGGAACACCAGGGGAUCCUACCACUGCAGCUGCGACAAGAAUUACAUUCUGCAUUAUGAUAAGAAGUCAUGCCGGGCGAAUUCUACAGUCAAAGUUUCUUUAAUUUUGGCAAACAGAUACUACAUUCGAGAAGUAGAUUUACUGGGCCACAGCACUAUUUUGGCGCAUAACUUAACCAACGCAGUAGCUCUAGAUUACGAUUGGUCCACGCAAUGCCUCUACUGGUCGGACGUCACUUCCUAUGGAUCAUCUAUAAAGAGGCUGUGCGAUUACAAGAAAAAUUCAACCGAAGUAGAGAUGCUACAUUCGUCUACUUUACAAAAUCCCGAUGGAUUAGCUGUAGAUUGGGUGGGGAGAAAUCUAUAUUGGGUGGAUAAGGGCCUGGAUACCAUUGAAGUAGUCACCUUAGACGGAAAGUACCGCCGGAUGCUUUACUCUAAAGGCUUGGAAGAGCCUAGAGCGCUUGCGGUAGACCCGAUAAACAGAUACAUGUACUGGUCAGACUGGGGUACGAAAGUUCACAUCGGUAAAAUUGGUAUGGAUGGUAGCGAUGCAAAAGUUAUCGUCAAGAACAACCUAGGGUGGCCUAACGCCUUAACGAUUUCUUACGAAACCAACGAACUAUUCUGGGCAGAUGCUAGGGAGGAUUACAUAGCUGUGUCAGAUCUGGACGGAAAUAAUAUCAAGGUUGUCGCAAGUAGAGAGAAAAAUCCGAAACUACAGUUACACCACGUGUUCGCAAUAGACAUCUGGGAAGACUACAUCUAUUGGACAGAUUGGGAGACGAAAUCAGUAGAAAGGUGCAACAAAUACACUGGCGAGGAUUGUAAGAACGUGUUUUCAACUCUGCACAGACCGAUGGACAUCAGAGUGGUGCACCCGUAUCGACAACCGUCUGUGAAGAAGAACCCUUGCCUGACGGCGAAUUGUUCAGCGUUGUGCUUACUGAGCCCCAAGGAGCCCAACUACACAUGUGCUUGUCCCGAGAACUACGUCCUGGGUAAAGAUGGUCGCAGCUGCGAAGCGAACUGCACUUCAGCGCACUUCGAAUGCACAACAACCCUGAAAUGUAUUCCGUUCUGGUGGAAGUGCGAUACCCAAGACGACUGUGGAGAUGGUAGCGAUGAACCGGCAGAUUGCAGAAAAUUCGUGUGCAAACCGGGUCAGUACCAGUGCAACAACACCAAGUGCAUUCAUCCGUCCGAGCUGUGCAAUGGAAACGAUGACUGCGGGGAUAAGUCGGACGAGAGCGACUGUCAACAUUACACCUGCCUUAACAGCCAGUUCAGAUGUGAGGGUAACUCCUCCCAACCUCCAAUGUGUAUCCCAUCAAAGAUGCGUUGCAACAAACAUGUUGACUGUCCUUUGGGCGAAGACGAAGAGAAUUGCCCUCCAGCGUCGUGUCCUCCGAACCAGUUCAAGUGCGCCAACGAUAAGUGCAUUCCAGCUGUUUGGGUCUGUGACAAAGACAACGAUUGCACCGACAACUCGGACGAAGAACAGGAUUGUCAGACUAGGACGUGUGGGCCGAACCAUAUUAGGUGCAAUUCUGGAAGAUGUAUUCCCCAAUCGUGGCAAUGCGACGGUGAGGCAGACUGCGCAGAGGGAGAGGAUGAACCUAGCAGUUGCAAUAAUCCUAUUUACCAUACUUGCGAACCUACGUAUUUCAAAUGCAAGAACAACAAGUGCAUUCCAGGAAGAUGGCGAUGUGACUUUGACAGUGAUUGUGGUGACGGUUCAGACGAAGAAAACUGUGUCUACAGAAACUGUUCAGAAUCUGAGUUCAGAUGCAAAAAUGGCAAGUGCAUUAGAGGUAUAAUGAGAUGUGAUGGAGAGUAUCAAUGCGACGAUAGAUCUGAUGAAGAAAACUGCAACAUUCCAUGCAAAAAGAACGAAUUCCAAUGCACCAAUCCAAAAGCUUGCAUUUAUUUAUCUUGGAGGUGUGAUGGCGAGCCAGACUGUGCAGAUGGAUCAGACGAAGCAAACUGUACGAAAACUUGUCUGCAUAACGGUUUCAAAUGUCAAAACGGCUUUUGUAUCAAUGAACAAUGGAGAUGCGAUGGACAGGAUGAUUGUGAAGAUGGUUCUGAUGAGCAGAAUUGCUUUUCGGCUGCGUGUCCUACGGGUAGAUUUAGAUGCAAGAACCACCGUUGCGUUCCCGUAACAGUCCUCUGCGACGGUCGCGACAACUGCGGUGACGGCAGCGACGAGGAACGUCACGUGUGCAAACGGCACGGCCUGUGUCCGCGCAUGCAGAUUCGGUGUAAUUCGGACGGCCGGUGCAUAGAUGCCAUUCUCGAGUGCGACGGACGCGUAGACUGCUCGGACGGAUCGGACGAAGCGAGGUGCGCUACGGAGUCGAUGUGUCCGUGGGACGCGUGCUCGCAGCUUUGCGUGCUGGUCGCCUGGAAUAGGACGUCGUGCAAGUGCAUAGAGGGAUACGAACACGUAGAAGACGGACAUUGCCAAGCGAAAGGAAAAAUGGCAGAAUUAGUUAUUGCUUCAGAAGCAGAGCUCAGGCUAAUAUCUCCAUAUAAAUCUCGUGACGACAACGAACUACGGAGGACCCUUGCAACAGCCCCAGGAUACAAAGUGGAUGCAGUAGACAUACUAAUAUCGAACGAUCAACAACACUUAGCGUUUUGGACAGAUCACCAAAACAAGAGAGUUCAGUCUAUGAUUAUACACGUUGACAAGGAUGGAAGAUCUAAUAGAGAUUCUGAAAUAGCAAAAACUGUAUUGUCCAAUUUGCAAGAUCCAAGGGGUAUCAGCUUGGAUUGGAUUGCUAAGAGAAUGUAUGUAACUGACGGAAACAGAAUAAUAGCAGCCUCUUUGGAUGGUGACUACGUUUGCACCUUGGUUAGCGGAAAUGUUCAGCAACCUAGAGACAUAGUAGUGGCACCCACUCAAGGCGUAAUGUUCUGGACAGAUCUUGGCCCUAGCCCUAGAAUAGAGACAGCAUUCAUGGACGGUUAUAAGAGAAAGGUCUUGAUCAACACUGGAAUUCUUUGGCCCACAGGUCUGGCUAUAGACCACCCGACCAGUCGACUGUAUUGGGCUGAUCCAAAGACAAUGACCAUAGAAUCGAUCCUAUUCGACGGCACUGACAGGCAUACAGUGAAGCACUUUGAAGCUGGUAUCAAACCAUUCAAACUGGAAAUAUUUGAAGAUUCCAUGUUUUUCUCAACAUACCAUGAACAUGACAUCAUCCGAAUGAACAAGUUUGGGCAAGGUGACAUGUUCUAUCUGCUGCAAGGAUCGACAAGGAUAUCCGAUAUUCUGAUAUUACAGGAACAGAAGCAAAUGAAGAUACCAAAUGCUUGCGACGAUUUCUGUAAUAAUAAUGAGUUUUGUUUAUUGACGCCUAAGGAUGCCACUUGCAUAUGUGCAGAUGGAUACACCAAAGAUAAUUUGACAUGCAAAGUAACCAACAGCCGAACACCAUCCUGCCCGCUGAACUGCCACAAAGGUACUUGCAAGAUCAUCGAGGGCUACGGACCUUCCUGCGUGUGUCCACCAUCGUUCGCCGGCCAGUACUGCGAACUGUACCGGUGCUCGCAGUACUGCAAGAAUCACGGAAUGUGCAUCGUUAACACCAAAGCGGCCACCAGAGGGACGGAAGUGGUACCGUUGAGGUGCAUGUGUCCUCCGCAGUGGACUGGAGAGAGGUGUGAAACGCCUGUGGAUCUGUGCCAGAAUAGAUGCCACAACUCGGGCGAGUGCACGAACUCAAGCUCCGGAGUGCCAAUGUGCAAAUGUAAACCGGGCUUUACCGGUUCCAGAUGCCAGAACUGUCUGAACUUAUCGUGCGAAAAUGGCGGCGUGUGUACCAUUACCAACGGCAGAGAGAGCUGUACGUGUCCUUUGGAAUAUCAUGGUCGCAAUUGCGAGAUACCUGUAUGCGGAAAACAUGGAAAGCCGAUGACUGCGCAUAAUGGAAAGGUGGUGUGCACUUGUGCGAAUGGGUACAGUGGGGAAAGGUGUGAUCAGGACAUUUGUCUCAAUCAUUGUCAGAAUGGUGGAACGUGUAAAGUUGGUGCGAAACAACCUGAAUGUAGUUGUCCUAAAUAUUUCGCAGGUAGGCGUUGCGAAAUAAAUCUCUGCUUGGCAAGAUCGCCGCCAGAUGGCUGCAAGGAAUCCUGCAAUUGCCAGAAUGGAGGUACAUGCAAUAUCUUGAAUGACAAAGCUAUAUGUCGUUGCCCUGAUAAUUAUGGAGGAUAUCACUGUGAGACAUAUGUCGGCAAUGCAAAUCCCUGCAGCAACAGGUGUCUCAAUGACGGAAUUUGCGUGCUACCUUCACUUGAGGCAGAUCCCAUUUGCUACUGCACUGUUUCCUGGACAGGUGACCUCUGUGAUAAACCGGCCAAAUGUAAAAAUUAUUGCCAGAAUCAGGGACACUGUUCUGUUAUAGACAAUCUCCCUUACUGCUCUUGCAUUGAUGGAUAUUCAGGGAGAAGAUGUGAACUACAACCCAUCGAUGCAAAACUUAACCGACCCAAUGACGGCAAAGAAAAAUCUCAAAGUGUCCUCGUAAUUGUCUUGACAACUUUGGCGGUUGUCGUGAUCCUGUUCAUAGCAGGAUUUUUGAUCUUCGACCACUUCUUCAGAAACAGAACGUCUUUCUCGCACGAAAGGCUCCAGGAAAAUGAUUUCAACAAUCCGAUGUAUCAAGAGAGGGAUGCAGAGCCGUUCACGUUGAAUGCUGAUAAGUCUGGAAACUUCGCAAAUCCCGUCUACGAGUCCGUUUAUAGCGGAACGGGUAGUGUUAGAGAUGAAAAAGCGGUCCUAUUGGAGCACAGCACUGAUGAAACUCCACCGCCUAUCACUGAAGAGGUUUAGUUACAUAUCACAAUUCAUCACAAUUUUUUUGUUCGAUCGUAUCGCAUACGAUCUUGAAUUUUGGGUAGCUAAAAAGAAGAGAAACUGAUGUCAGUCUCGCUGUUAAUGUGUAGGGUUUCCUAAUAUGAAUAAUUAUCUAAAAACAAACCCCAAAAAUUUAGAGUUUCAGCUAUGCCAUUUAAAAGUCAUGUGCAAUAGAUCAGGCUAAUAAAAAAAGUCUUGUAUAGUCUUAUUUUUACAACGGAAUUAUACUUUAAAAGUAAAUGGAAACAUCUUCCGUUUAGAGUUAAAAAAAAUUUGCUAAGUAAAUUUUCAAACGACGAAGUUGAAAAAACCUUUUCGCGUAUAUUAAUAAAAUUAUGAAGUAUUGGUCUAAGAACCGUAGAGUAUGGAAAAACUACACAUCACACUUGGUGCAGCGGCUACGUACACUCUAGACAGCUGGUAAAAUGACCAUUAACCAAAAAGAUUCAGUGGCUACUAUGUUUUCAGAAAAUGUUUAGCAUUUUUUUCAUAUGUUAAUCAACAUAAACGAUAUAAGUUUUGACUAUUAUUUCAUAUUUGCUGCUGUGCCCUGUUUGAUAGAGAAUAAAAUAAAGAAAAUUGUUGAUUUUUUUAAUAAAAAAUUAACUGCUACAGCGAAUUCAUACAACUUUCCUCUGAAGCAGUUUUGAAAAUUUGAUAGUUAAAGAAGUGCAAAUUCGAUAAACCCAUUCGAAGACUGUUCUGGCAGCUUUUGUCUUUUGGUAAACCUUGUGAUUGCCUACAUUUUUGGCAAAUAACUAAAUGGUCCUCUGUACGAUAUAUCAUUAAAUAUUUCAUCACAAAAUUAAUUUGUCUAAAGACCUUUAGGAUCCCGCAUUGUUUCUCCUGGAGAGCGACAUUUCUAACAAGGAAAUGUUAAAGACUACAAUUCCUCUAAAACCAAUUAAACAACGCUUACUUUCUCUUAGUUAUUGAGCGUUUAUGUUCAAGAAUAAGCUUUCCGUUGAGAACGACGUUUUUCUGACCCUUUGCAAUCUCUGUUACACUUGCUCUUACAGCAGCAACUACGAGACUCAAUUUUGGUGAUUGUUUUUGAUCGUGAUCAGCUUCCACGUUACCACUAAUCGUCGAAUUGCAACCACAGUUGGACUAUUAUGCAUACCAAAAUUCUCAUGCAUCGAGUGACGGGGUUGGCCAAAGUUCGUUAAUUUGCGACAUGAUAAAUUGUCAGAUACUGACAAAUAACGGCAGAAGUUCUUUAUAAAAUGACUGGCAUAACAUUUCGAUAUCAUCCAUGUUGGGAAACCCUAUACAUAUUUAGUGUAGCGUAUUUUAGCUAUGCAUUUUCUCCACACUGUAGGACAAAUGGUAUCAUACCUAAAACGCGCUAUACGUUCUUCGAAACUCUAAUUUUUAGAUUAUAGCUGUGAAUUGUGCCAUUAUCUUUAGGGUAUACGAGUUUUGCCCGUCGAUUUCUUUUGAAUUCUGAAUGUUGCCAUAUUGGAUAAGUGUAUAUUUACUAUUUGUGUUUAGGAGUACAAAUUGUUGAUUUUAGUUAGAGUAACUCUAUGGCGUCUUUUUUCUCUUGACUGACAAAAAAGCAUGGAUUUGACGAUCUAGCAUAAACAACAUCCACUCUUGCAAAAUAUUAGAAUCUUCAUUGUUAAAUCAUCUUAUUGGCUAUCAGAAAACGGUUGUUAAAACUAGAAAUCUUGUGCUCAGAGUCUCUGUGCAUCUGACCAUUGGAGCCAUGACUAUACUAAAAGUGCACAUCUACAAAAUCUUAAAAAAAAACAUGUUGGUUGCAUCGUCUGGCUGCCUAUUCACUAUACAAUUCCUCAGUCCUCUCACCCUAGAAAGAAAUAGUAGCGAAAUACUACGUGUUCAGACAACAGAUUCAGUUUACUAAUGGUACUGAGACUGGCCAAAUCUCCAUGUUUCACCAUGUUAAUGAUGAUUGGUGGAUUUCGAAAAAUGCCCUCAAACGUAAGUAAAUCUUCAUUCUACAUCUUGGAAUGAUCAUUAUAGUGAGACAAAGUGACAUAUCCAUGAAGACAAGACAGUUAAGUACUUAUCUUGUGAUUGCUUUGCUGUCUUAUCAAUCCGAAAAUCCGUUCUGAGGAGCAAUGGCCUUCGAUUCCAUUGUAAAAGAAACUACGCGGAGUCGUUGCUUCACCUUCAAUGGGAGCAGCAGUCCAGCAGUUUUGUUCAUCUUGUCAAGCCUGGGAAAAAAUUAGUUAUUCUUAGCUGCUCGAUUGUUUGUACCCUAGCCGCUAGUAGUAGAUUUUUGAGAUAUUCGGAAUCGUCAAUUUUAAGUCCAUGACAUGAAAACGUCCUUGUACAUAGAUUAUAUUAUACUUUUAAGUGAACGACUGAUAUUGAUCUACGAGUCAUAUAUUUUUACUAAUACGCAACUUUUGGCGCUUCUUAAAUUUAUUGUACAUGUAUUCUUAUGGUUGUGCAUGUAUUUUAAUGUAAGGCAGCUGUUUCAUGCAGUUAUUGCAGAAGAGGUUCAUAUCAUGUGCUCAAUGUUUUUACCUCAUACUCCAGUGACAGACUGGCAGCUAUAAAAUACUCGGGACUUCUGACUGAAACAUUGGGAAGAGGUUGUAAAAUUUUGAUGCCAGCGUAGAACCUGACACACAUAACGUUAAUCCAUUAUUCAUCAUCAGUUAGUCAGGUUCGAGUCCUGAAUGCAAGCAUCAUCUGUCUGUAAGAGAUUGUUGUGUGUUUAGUCUAUAAGGCUAUAAUUACUGGAGUUUUAAUUUUUAUAUAGGCAUUGUAUUUGACUUUUUAUGUGAACAUUGAUUUUAUUAGCCUUGCUGCUCUGCUUUGGCAAAUUCCUAUGCAUCGUGCAUAUUCAUUUUAUAAUUGAGGAAAAGUACAGUAAACAUAUCUUGUAUAGCAAAUAAGUUUUAUAUUGGUUAUGAAUAAUUUUUCAAUGCUGGCAGUUUUGUAUCUAAAUGUCUCUUCGCUGAUGAAAAUUUCAACACCAUUUUUAUUGAUCUCAGAGGUUAGCAAUUUGUUUAGAACACAUACAUAUUUAUAUGCUUAUGAGCUUAUUUACUGACAUCAUAAUACUACUCGCAGUAAUACUACGGCAUGCGUUAGCCACUACUUGUUAUUGUGUAUUCCUUCUGAUGACUUGGGGUAAGCGCACGUCAGGAGAUUGUAGGGAAGAACAUCGAGAAUGAUUUCGUUUGUAAUGCCACCAACUUACGUCAGUACCUGUAGCCGAGUAGCUGCCGCGGGAGUCGUUGCCAUGCUGUGGCUCUGAGUCUAUAGAUAUUGUUGUAAGCUGAUCAGAUGGCAAUCUCAUAGUAUCCAGGAAUUAGAGAUCAACAGGAUAUUAUGUAUGAUAUUUUUCUCUGUCCAUAAUAUUGUGAUGCGUUUGUGUGUGGAGGUAUCUGCGAAAUAAGAGAAAAAGAGAAACAAAAGUUUGCGUCCAUCCGUUCAACAUCGUUUAAGAAUAUCUACUGAAUUUCCCUUUGCCUUCAAACCUAAAAGAAAAUCCUCCCUUUCACUUGGAACUAGAGUUACAGGAAAGCAUAUUUCCUAUCUGUUGCAGCUUUAGUUUCAUGACACUGGAUUCGACGAUGUGACUCGCAUCUUGAUUUGUUUUACUGUAUGAAAAUUCCAAAAAGUAGUGCCGUGUGAUAUUUCCAAUCAAAAACUGACAAAGUUGUUAAUACAAUUUGUAACAUAUGCAGAAAGAAAAGGAAAAUAUAUUUAGAUAUUGUUUCAUCUCAAUUCAAUAAUUUUGUACUUUUAUUAAACUCAUGAUUUGCGUCGCGCGAGCAAUUUCGGCGAUUUUAUCGACCGACUAAUAUGUCAGAAAAUUAGCCGAUACUGCCGAUUUACGUAUUGGUAUCGGUCGAUACAGAUGUCAAGUUUAACGUAUGCGGUAUUUGUGAAUGUCAAAUUCCGUUUUUCUGAUGAAUUCGCGUUGCUGGGAGGGAAAUCCUCGAAUCUCCUCGCUAUCGCCCUCCCUUAUUUGUACAAUGUAAGCAUGGCUCAAGACCUUCCAAAUGUCGCUUUCGCCAGUCAUUGGAAGGACUGUACCUAACAGUACUACUGCAUUUGGAUGCAUAUUACUGAGUAUAUUAUUAUUUUUAUACAUCUAAUAAAAUUAUCUUUCCAAAAUUCUUUGUUUAAUUUAUAAAUUUAAUAGCGUUUACCUACUAGAUAAACUGUCCUGAUACAUCAUCGAUUACAGAAACCUGCUUUCGUAGCUACUGCUAACCUAGUACAAUGAGUCUGACCUUCACCCAAUAGAGGGCGCCACUUGCAUGCUGCGAUCAAACGCUCCAUGGAUUUCAUAGACUACCGUGGGUCUUUCUGCGGAAGCUCAGUAAAUCUCGUAUUUGUUAAGGGGGGGGGGUCGUCGAACAAAGAGAAAAUAAUACGUAAUAUCAUUUAAUAAACUAGUCCAACCACAAAGAUUCUGUUACAAACGGGAGUAUUUUAGCCCCCCUCACCACCAUUUAAGAUUCUUGAUCUUGGUAGAAUUCAUUAUUGAUUUGUAAGAUUGUGCCACCCAGCCACCCAAACCCCGACCGACCGCCCCUCCAAGGUUCUUUUAGCCUAGUUAAAUUUUGUGAGCCUUGUGAUAACAUAAUUUCGGAGCACCAUCUAGAUGACGGUAGCUUAACUGUCCUGAUACAUCAUCAAUUACAGAAACCUGCUUUCGUAGCUACUGCUAACCUAGUACAAUGAGUCUGACCUUCACCCAAUAGAGGGCGCCACUUGCAUGCUGCGAUCAAACGCUCCAUGGAUUUCAUAGACUACCGUGGGUCUUUCUGCGGAAGCUCAGUAAAUCUCGAUUUGUUAAGGGGGGGGUGUCGAUUUUUUAACAAAGAGAAAAUAAUACGUAAUAUCAUUUAAUAAACUAGUCCAACCAAAACGAUUCUGUUACAAACGGGAGUAUUUUAGCCCCCCUCACCACCAUUUAAGAUUCUUGAUCUUGGCAUCUUGGUAGAAUUCAUUAUUGAUUUGUAAGAUUGUGCCUCCCAAGCCCCGACCGACCGCCCCUCCAAGGUUCUUUUAGCCUAGUUAAAUUUUGUGAGCCUUGUGAUAACAUAAUUUCAGAGCACCAUCUAGAUGACGGUAGCUCAACUAAAUCUUUUUAAUGUCACGUUUUAUAUGUGAGCAGCGAAAAUUUAAGUUUUCUUAAUAUUUGAAGGUGCGUUGACCACACACCCAUUCGAACCUCGCCUACCCACCCCUAAAUAAAUUUUCUGACUAGUUAAAUUUUGUGUGACCUAUGAUAACACUUUACAAAGAACCUCCAUCUAUGGGAAGGUAGCUCAACUGAUUCAUUUUUUGUGUAGUUGAAAAUGCAUAGAAUUAGCUUCAAAUCAUUUAAGAAUGGUAUACCGAUAAAUAUUUUUUUCAUUCGGCUACUCUCCAAUAGAUGGCGCUACAUAUCGGUAGCCACCACAAAGUCCACCGUUUUGAAUGACUACCUUGGGCUGCUCAAAUCUCAAAUCCGUUCAGUAAGCCCCAAUGCAUGCGAGGAGGAGGAUGUUUUGUUUCUCAACAAAGCCAAAUCAAUACGUAAUCUUUUCAUAAAAAAUGGGGGGAUUUUUAACCCCCUUCGAGGAAAUUUAAGUUUCUCGAUCUUUGAAGGUGGAUUGCGUCUGAAACAGAAUCACAGCAACAGCCGCAAACAUUAUCUUUGAAUGUCCGUUUCACAUACCUCCUCACAUUUUGUGAUGCUGAUCAGUUAACCAAAAAAGUUGUAUCAGGAUGUUUUGUAAUAUGAUUAUUCAAACACAAAAAUUCUUCAAUUCUUGGAAUUAUAAAUGUAAUAACACGUUCAGUUUCUGUUGCAUCCAUAUACAGUAUCUUUGAAUGGUUGGCACCAAACCUUUCAGAGGCUGAGCAGAGAAUCCAUCGUUUGAGGUUUUUGUUGAAUAAACUUUGGAAGUUAAUUUAUUUGCAUUAAUUCGUUCGAGGUGUUUGAUGCGAUUUUUUUCCGAAAAUGUCUACUAUAGCUGGACUAUUCCGAACGGUUGCGGUCACCGGAGCCAUAUUUAUACAUCUUCAGAAGCCAGAAAAACAUAAAAACAAAUAAGCCCAAAGAUGGUGUGAAAUUGAUCAGCAUUAACAGCUCAAGUUUGAUAUGUAACAUGUUCACACGUUUCUCUGCAUUUUGACAUUCCAUACGGAAUCAGCUUUUUGGCAGCACGUUUAUUUGUAAUUGCUUUUUUAUUUGAUCCUCAAGUUGAAUAAUGUACAUUUAUACAAUAAUGAAAUUGUGGUUUUUAUAUAUAAUUUAUGUAUAAGAAAUAUAUAUGUUACAAUAG